CAAAGAGGACCUCUGAAAUAAAUUACAAAAUUGAAUUCAAAUGUAAUUUUCUGAUUGACGUGUGGAUCAAUUCGCUAUUUCGGAGUCUUUCGGCCUUUUGAGUUACCCUUAAAAAACAGUGGUGCAUAAUAUUUAUUCACUGCGAAGAACAUGUUUCGCAUUGACACGAUAUUUCUGUUCAACAGGAAUGUUUAAUUUUCUAUUUAUAGUUAUUCUGUUCCGUUUUCCGUGUAGUACAGGCAAAAAUCAACGUUUGAUCCAAGGUGGUCAUGGUUCAAAGCGAUCUAGUUUUCAACACGGAGUGUCGUACGCAAAUUUUGUAGUUCACAAGUUUCAGCAUCUUCAAGGACCCCUCUUAGUCUCUUCUUGUGGAGUAAAUCGGGUUACAGAGUGCGCUUUCGCCUGUGUUGAUAAUCCGCCCUGUGUUUCGUUCAACGUUGCUUCGUCGCCAAACGAAAGUGGAAAGCUUCGCUGCGAGCUGCUAAGGGAAGACAAGUUUAGAAGUCCUGACAAACUGAUCGUUUCGCAACAGUUUCACCAUUACAGCAUAAAGACACCUUGUUCAAAGAAUCCCUGCAAAAAUGGCGGCAGCUGCAUUCCAAAUUACGAAGAUCACUAUCACUGUGUUUGCCCACCGGGCUACACAGGUUUUCAUUGCAAGAGAGAGUGUCUGGCUCCUUUGGGAAUGGAAAACUUUAAAAUAACACCGACACAGAUAACAGCGUCGUCUCAGUAUAACAGAAGUCAUGCCCCAAACCACGGAAGACUACACUACAAGGGUAAUACCGGUGCAUGGGCAGCGACAGUGAAUGAUAUGAAUCAGUGGAUUCAAAUCGAUUUUGGAAUUGAGACAAAUGUCACUUAUGUGGCAACUCAAGGAAGAUAUAAUAGCGAGCAAUGGGUUAUCAGGUACAAGUUACAGUACAGCAACAGCAACGAUGGAAAUUCAUUUCAGGUUUUAAAACAGCGAGGAGACAACACAGACAAGUUGAGAAUAUUUCCUUUACAAUACGAAAACAAAUCAAUAAACUGUUACGGGUGAUCAGCUUAUUUCAGACAAAACAGAUAUACUAACAGCGUCUUGAAACAUAACAAAACAUAUAUCUUGGUUGAAUAAUAAGCAGCCAUCGCUAGCACUCUUCACACUAGAAUUUCUCACACCUGGAAUUGCCAAAAGUAAACUAACAAUAUAUGUAAACACACAAUUAACUCAUUUUACAAUACACUGCUUAAAACACUUUCACAACUACAUUACACUACCAACAAUUCCAUCCAUUGCGCCACUUGGAACGUCCCGACAAUAUAUCAUUUACAUACCUGGAACAUAAUUAAUGAUCUAUGAAUUGCUAUGUUGCAAUUUUCCUGUUCGACUAAAUUCAUCGUAUCUAUUUUAUCUCUAUUGUCUCUUGCGACAUCCACGUGUGAAGAAUAGAGCCAAUCAGAAAGCUGGAAAGCCAUUGCAUAUUGGGCAGUAUCCGAAGCACAUGGUUAUGUAAGUUAAAAAGAUUUGUUAGGUUCGAAAGGGUUUGACAAUCUUCGCAAAUCAAGAACGUUCCCAGAGGACAGAAUCUCAACAACAACCAAGCAUUUUAUUUUGCCAAAUUUUAAUACAAAAAGACAACAGCAUAAAAACAAAUCGCUUUUGCCCGAUUCUCUAAAGUCGAAAUAUGAGCCGACAACUUCUCCUGAGUCGAAAGCAUUACAUAAGUAAUAUGUAUAUAUACGUUUGUUUAUUCGUGUUUCUGCAGGUGUUUGUUGGAAACAAUGAUUCUGACACCGUGACAAAACAUCACUUAGCUCCACCAAUCAAAGCACGAUACAUCAGACUGACACCCACAGCAUGGAACGGCCACAUCUCCAUGAGGAUGGAGCGCUACGGUUGUCUUGGUAACUAUUCCUUAAAUCCAACCCAUAAACUCAACAAUGACUAAUUUUUACGUAGUUUAAGGCCACAGUUAGGUUUUAACGUCCUUAGCAUUUUAAAGCAGAAUUGGUGCUUCUGACGGGUCACGUGACAUGUCGUAUGACGUUUAGCGUAAAAUAGCCUUUAUUUGAGGAAUUGCCGGUUUUCAUGUGACGUCAUCAUUUUCCAAACUUAGAAAUAACCAAUCCUUUUGAAGUUUUAGUUUCGUCAUAUAGAAGACCUACCAAGAACCUGACGUUUUACAACGUGUAAGCUCGACGGGGUUCUUUAUUUUGUUACAGAGGGCGUUUUUGCGUUGCGUGACAUUAAAAUGGCGGCCCAAGAGGGCUUCCGCGUAUGUCAAAAGAGGAGUUAUCGUUCACGUUUCUGCUAACUGAACAGUCCUUGUACUAGAAGAAUUAUUGCUUUCAAUGUGUGGGAACUCCAGACGGAGUUACAAGUUUUCGUUUCAAUGGUGAAACUUAAUGACAGAUGUUUCUGUUACUUUACGGCCGCUAUGUUGGUGCUUCUCGGAAGGACAUCAACAUGGCGACUCCAAACAAAGCUCUAUAAAUUUGAGUGAAACACUUUUCCGAAUAAGGUGCGAAUAAAAAGCCACACACACCUAAAUCUUGGCGAGGUUGUUUAUAUAUCAAUCACCUAUCUUAUCCCAGAUUCUUGACAAAAUUUCUCGAAUGAUUCCGAUUUAUAUUUUUGAUUGCGUGACAGUGGAAAGCGGCAAUUGGUGGCGGCUUUUAGUAAUAUCAUUCAGCAAAAACGCGUUUUAGAUGCAGGUCAAUUAUUUCUAUCCUCUCGCGUUUGGAAUGACCGUCCCUCUUUAAGUAGAAAAACCUUAUAGGGUCAAAGGUAAUUUUUUUUAAACAAAAUUUGACGUGAAGGCAAGGCAGGACGCCGGCUUUUAUAAUCAGAGAAAACUUCAGCAUGGUGAAACAAAUGUAACAAGAGAUAUAGCUGCAUAACCAUAGUUCAACUUUACAUUCCUGACCCAGGCCUUAAACUGCUUGAAUCAUUUGAACUUUCACCCCGGGAGAAAGAGCUUUAGGAGCCUCGAAAGAGAUUAUGACUGCAGUGCGUGCGAGACGUGGGAGACUAGUCACGAGGGAGCAAAACAAAACCAACCUAUGUAACGUCUAUGAAAAUGUUGAAAAAAAACUAGUAAAUCGGAAAGUUUUUUCAAAAUUUUGCUCAUGACCCUUCGCGAUAUUUUUCUUAUUUGAACGCAUCUCACUAUAAACAGUCUUUACGCACAGAUCAACGAAGUUCUCGUGACGAUUUCCCAAAGCCUAUCCGUAAUUAAAACCACAAAUUUUUAAUAUCUUUUUCAUUUUACACUUAAUGUUAACUGCAAGAAUUCCUUUUUAGCCUCCUCAGUACGUAAAGGGUGACUUUGCUGCAUCUUUAAUCCCUAUUUUGUGAACUGCAGAUCUAGAUAAUUCUGUGAACACCUGUCGAGUGCAGUUGCAUGGCUACAAAGAUUUUCUAGUGUUAUAGUGCGGGGCAGGGAUAGCGCAGUGGUGAGAGCGCUCGCCUCUCACCAACGCCGGCAGCCCGGGUUCGAUGCCGAUGUGGUGCUACGUUUGAGUUGAGAAUAUCGUUGGUUCUCGCCUUGCUCCGAGGGAUUUUCCGCGGCCUUCGGUUUUCCU